AUGGACGAAUGGGAUCUGUUUGGAACAACACCGUGUGAUUGGGAGUUUGGUGAUGGUGCAGAAUUUGCCAGCAACUUUCAGGAUGAACAAUACUCAUCACAAGCUAGUGUACUGUUUGACGAAUUCGGUAUCGACAGUCGAAGUUGUUCCGACGCACUGGAUUACAUCGGUUGGCAGCUUUACUUUCCGAACAAAGAUGUACAAACCUGCCGAACAACAAACAAACACAUUCGCUGCUUGGAGAAACACUACCACGAUUAUCGGUGUGAAUAUUCACCAUUAGAAGCGGAAAGUUCCGGCAGCUUUGAAUUCAAGCUUACUCUUGCCCGCACUGAUCUUUGCCUUAAAGAUGCAUGGCCAACUUUGGAAGCUGAUAUUGAAGCAUUCCCUGAGCACACUAUAGCCUGUAUGGGGUUUGCCAUGUAUCGUACCGUUGCAGCAACCCACCAAGCUGAUCCCUUUUCACCCGAAACAUUCGAAAUACCGAAGAUCACUGCACGGUUGCAUCUAUUUGGCCCCGAACAAUCGGUCAGUACAAUUGACGCUAGCUACACAGACAAAUUGGUAACGAUUGGUGGGACGGUCGUACAUGUUAGUGAACCGAUUGUUGCCAGCACCUUGAGGGCGUACAAAUGCAGAUACUGCCACGAAACGAUCGUUUUAGAGCGGCACCAUAACCCUCACACUACGCGCCAGUGGACCUGUGAGCAAUGCAGCGCUGGCGGAGGAAUUGAGUAUUGUAGUGCGUCCGUGUUGAAUUGGGAUGAAGCACAUCAACUCAUUAUCGUUCAAGAUGCUGUAGCAUCUAUUGCUCAAACCAUUGAAGUGAAGGUGCCUUGCGCGCUGGUAGAUGGUUUGCAAGCAGGAGAUAAUGUCACCAUAACUGGUGUGUUGAAAAUCGAUUCGAGCAAGUUCGUUGCAGCAAUCUGCAUAAGAAAGGAUCUCGACAAUGGUAGGAUUGAAAGGAAUGUAAAUUCCACGGACGAAGAAGUGAUCAAUGCAAUUCGAUCUGAAGCGUUCCUAUUUAAGCUGCUGGUACAAUCACUCUGCCCAGCAGUUGCUGGAUUGGAAACGGUCAAAGCUGGUUUACUGCUUGCGUUAUUCAGUACUACAGGCGAUGUGCACGUCCUGCUGGCUGACAUAGAUAGCGGUAAAUCGCAACAGCUACUGGAAAGCUGUAUGGCAGCAUCACCGAAAGGAUUUGUGGAAAACGAUCCAUACCGAGAUGAGGUUCGUCUGCAGUAUUUGAUGGCUAAAUCACCAACACUACCCGGGCAGGGAGUUUGUUGUAUCGAACGAAUCGAUAAAAUGGAUAAGCUAGAAAUGUUGGAAAAGAUGCUAACCGACACACCACCUCAGACUACCUUGCUGGCAACCGUAAUGCCCAACAGGGGCGUACUUGAUACCAGGAAACCGUUCUUGGAUAAUUUCAUGCUACCAAGGAAUUUGAUGGAAAAGUUUGCGUUGGUAUUUCUAAUGGAAGAUGUAAUCAUUCCGCCAGAGGAACUCGUUUGCUCCGACGGUGUUCGGUUGCACCCCGAAACUCCUUGCGCAAGCAAAUGCAGCGUUGAAAUACCAUUAGUACGACAGCUUAGGCUAAAGCCUGAAGAACAUUGCGAUCGUUUGCCGAUCGAACUGUUGCGGAAGUACAUAGAUUACUCACGUUCGCACUGUAAUCCCGAAUUUACCGAGGAGUCAAUGGCAGUGCUGGAGCGCUUCUUCUCCGAAAUGUAUUCCAUGCCCCACCGGUUAAACAUAACGAAUGGGAUGAAAAUGGCUCAAAUCAAGAGCAUGGCUCUCGCCAGGGCCAGGAUGGAUCUUUCAGCGCAUAUUACAACAGAGCAUGUGAUGGAAACCAUCAGGAUUGUAAGUCGCAGCUGGUACGAUAGGUACGAUACGAACGAUCGUGCCCCGACGGUGCAAUUGUCCGCUAAAAAGGGAGGAGUGAAGGCAGCCAGUAUUCGUCAGUUUUUGGAAGUGUUAAGAGCCCGAUCGGUGGAGCGCAAAACAAAAUCAUUUAGCCUGAAAGAGCUUCGCGCAAUAAUUGAAGAACAGGGAAUGCCGGGCUUUGAAGAUGAAAUUAUCGAAAAGCUUAACAUUCAGGGUUAUUUGUUGAAGAAAAGUGCAGGAUGCUACCGAUUGCUCGUUUGAAGAUGGUUGAUUCGAAGUUUCUAAUUUUAUAGAAAUUUAGUUAAACUUACCUGACAAUCUCACAACACAAUAACCCGAAUAAAGAACUUUUUUUGUUAUGAACUCUAAA